GCCGGUGCCGGAUGAGGGAUGACUUAAAAGGAGAAAGUCGGGAAGGGAACGGAAACCAUUGGCGCCCACACUGUCUCAAAAAUUCUGUGAACCGUCUCUUUCUUCCCACCUUCACGCUGUAUUCUCUUUCUCUCUUUUUCUUCUUCGUUUUUUCUCUCUAUAAAUACAGAGGGUGAAUGGGGAAUCUCUGGUUUUCAUGGUGCCACACAAAAUGGCAAGGUCUACUGCAAAACACUACACUUCUAAGAAAUUGGUCCUUCUCGCAUCGUUUGUUGGCUUUCUCGGAGCCAUCCUCGUUGCUGAUUAUCUCUGGGCUUCCGCUUCCUUUGCCUAUUUAUCAAUCGCAUCCAACUGGGCUCUCACCAAAUCUAGCACUGUCGUCAUACCAACGAAUUUCGACGAAAAGCUCCAGCAGAGGGUAGAUGUUAAAGAUAAAAAGAACCGUACUUCAGGGAGAAUAUUAUCUGCAACCUUUGCUGAUUUACCUGCACCAGAGUUAAAAUGGGAGGAAAUGCAGCCAGCACCGGUGCCUCGCCUUGAUGGGGCCUCCAUACAGAUUAAGAAUCUCCUCUAUGUGUUUGCUGGAUAUGGCACACUCAACUAUGUGCACUCUCAUGUUGAUAUUUACAAUAUUACUGAUAAUGCUUGGGGAGGGAGGUUUGAUAUGCCAAAAGAAAUGGCACAUUCACAUUUAGGAAUGGCAACUGAUGGAAGAUACAUAUAUAUAGUCUCUGGACAAUAUGGUCCCCAGUGCAGAGGCCCAACAGCCCGUUGUUUUGUGCUUGACACAGAGACAAAAAAAUGGCAGGACCUUCCCACAUUACCAGCCCCUAGGUAUGCACCAGCAACUCAACUUUGGAGAGGCAGACUUCAUGUGAUGGGUGGCGGCAAGGAGAAUCGCCAUACACCAGGAUUGGAGCACUGGAGUCUUGCAGUAAAGAAUGGAAAAGCAUUAGAGAAAGAGUGGCGGUCUGAAAUACCCAUUCCCCGUGGGGGACCCCAUAGGGCUUGUGUUGUGGUUGAUGAUCGGCUUUUUGUUAUUGGUGGUCAAGAGGGUGAUUUUAUGGCUAAACCCGGUUCACCUAUUUUCAAGUGCUCACGGAGGCAUGAGGUAGUUUAUGAGGAUGUUUAUAUGCUGGAUGACGAGAUGAAGUGGAAAGUGUUGCCACCUAUGCCAAAGCCCGAUUCCCAUAUAGAGUUUGCUUGGGUUGUUGUCAACAAUUCCAUUAUCAUUGUGGGAGGCACAACAGAAAAGCAUCCAGUGACCAAAAGGAUGAUCCUGGUUGGAGAGGUGUUCCAAUUUCAUCUAGACUCACUGAAAUGGUCAGUUAUUGGAAAGAUGCCCUUCCGAGCAAAAACAACACUAGCUGCUUUCUGGGAUGGAUGGCUGUAUUUCACAUCUGGACAGCGGGACAGAGGACCAGAUAAUCCACAGCCAAGGAAAGUGAUAGGAGAUAUGUGGAGAACCAAGUUGAGCUUCUGAUCUUGUAUUUGCCACUGUAAUCUUGCUAAAAUUCUCUCAUUUCUUGCUCUUAUUAAUAUUAAUUAUUAUUAUUUUCUUCUAA